UCUAUCUAUCAACCACAUAGUAGUUCACUCAAUAUUAGAGCCAAAGAAUGCUUGCCGUCUUCGUCACAAUCAAAAAUAGUACAAACCCGCAUUAGAAGUCUAUUCGCGCUCAUCAUAUAAGGUUGUCCUCUUAUCACAGCUCCUGGACACUGGCCACAAACCACAACACCACAUGGAUACCCAGCCGCGACCCAGCCGCGAGGGGCAGGGAAAGCCUCAAAAUGAGCGAGAUGAAAUUCUCCCUGGUUUAAGUUCUACUUAUCUCCCACAAGAUGACACUGAACUACCUCUUCCACUCACUCCAACAAAAGAGGAGCUAUACUCGUCCACUGUUGAUGACCCUGUUGCCCAGCUCAAUUCUGACACUUCAUUAAACGAAGAGCAUCGACUUUGCCUUGCCGAGAUGGAGGGCCUUCGAGACAAAGUUGAUCCACCUCCUCUAAACCAGAAGCUUAUCAUCGACUUCCUUCUCGCCAUCUGGCACCUAGUUGUGCUCUUCCUAUCUCCCCGUCCAAUUCAAGUCUGGAUCGUCAUGUCAACCGCCCUCCUAUGGAAGUCAUGGAUCUGGUUGUUUAUCAUGAUGAUAAUUUUCCUUAUGACUCGACACAUACUAGUGAUAGCCACGCGUCGCUCUCAUGGCGCUACCUACGGUGCCUGGCCGUCAAUGGUGCCAAAAACUGUUCCCCAUUACAUCUUGAUUGUCUGUGGAUCGGGUGGCCACACGGGGGAGAUGAUUCGUAUGGUUGACCGUAGUAUCCGACCACGCAACCUACGCUCUCACCGACGCUGGGCCAUCGGCUAUGGUGACCGAAUGAGUUAUGACAAGGUCAUGGAGUUCGAGGAUUCCCUCGUACGCAAGUUCGGACAGCAGGAUAGUGCUGGCACAUUCGACAUCGAAUUCUUCCAUCGACCUCGUGCCGUUCACCAGAGCUGGCUGACAACACCAUUCACCGCACUCCUCUCCCUAGUCGAGAUGUUCAAGAUCAUGACCACCGCGCCAGGCCGCCAUACGACCACGACAUCCCAGUAUCCCGGCGUGAUCGCUACUGACGGCCCCGGCGCUGGAUUCAUGUUCCUCCUAGCCGCCCACUGGCUUAAGAUGAUCUUCGUCGUCCCCGACAGUUACGUGAAAACGAUAUUUGUCGAGAGUUGGGCCCGUGUCAAGUCACUGAGCAUGUCCGGCAAGUUAAUUAAGUAUUUAACCUUGGCCGACGUGUUCAUCGUUCAGUACGAGGGUAUCAUUCGCCGUUUAAGUUCCAAUGAGUACUACAAUAGUAACUUCGUUGCCAUGCCGGGUCGCUCUAAUCGUGCUAGCACGCGUCCUGCGUAAGAGAUUAUUCGCGGAUCUCGUAAGAAAA